UCUUACUGAGGAUCUCAUGGAGCACCGCGACUUCUGCCGGAUUCUAAGGGAAGUCCAACAGGUGGAGACCAUUUCAUUUCCUCAUUUUCUGCAAGGUGUUGUUCUGUCCCGUACCAUGCUGAACCAGGCCAUUUCUCAGUUAAAGCUCAUCCUGAGCGUCAAACUCCGGCGACCUCUUUCCUUGCGCGAGAAAGAAAUAAUUGGAAAUCCUGGUUACUGCGUUAUUUGCUAUCGAACCACGCCUCUAAAUUCUUGCGCAGGAUGUGAGGGCGUGGCCUACUGCUCUGAGUACCAUCGGCAGCUCGACAAGGAUAAUCACACGCCGAAAGUGUUAUGAACCCUAGCCCUCGUCUACAGCCCCUACCGACUGCUCGAAUCAAAUCAAUUUCAAAUCAAAGAAUUCCAUAGAAGCAGCAUCCUUCAAGAGACCAAUCUUGUCGAGACAUUUUACAAUGCUACUUUGCUAAUGGUGAACGACAGCCCAAAAAAUCUUCAGCAGUACGAUCUGCUUGCUGCUUGCUCUUCAUUUAGUACCGUUUGCACCGUUUGCCUAGCUUUGACCCAUUUGACCAUUGUGGCUGAACCAGAUAAGGCUGUCAUCGUGUACAUUGUGGGAGCAACCAGUGAAUGUCUACGCUACUUCGAAGAAAUGCAUCUAAAAUUCUUCUUUCUCCAGUACGAAAGUGUACAAAAUUUUGAAUUGUACUUUAUUGGAAACAUGAUAGAGGCCCAAGAAUCUGAGGAGUCAAUUUUUUGCGUGGGAGAUCUAAAAAGAACGGUUCUUAAACGGAAUGUACCUGGUACGUUUACACGUUUUUCAAAGACGACCAAAAUAGAUCCCACUCUGAUUAUAAUGCUUCAGCUCGAUUUAACAGGGAUCGGAAAUAUGACCCCUCUUCUUGUUUCGCAAUUUUAUCCUCGUUCUGUACAAAUAGAGGAACCAGAUGAUCGCUAUUGGCCGGAAUGUCUCAUUAAGAUUCUUCAAACAUAUGGUGCGCCAAUUUUUUUUACAUCUAUAUCAAAGGUGCUAGCACUUUCCAAUUAUUCAGUAUUCAACGAUUUGGCCAGAGAGAACGACAUUGUGAUCAAACGAUCGUACAAUAUCACCAAAAAUCUCUAUCGUGGAAUAUUGCCAUUGCGCAAUCAUUGUGCCGAAGACUCUGAAAUGAUAGUGUACAACAACAACUAUCUUGAGGUGAUGUUUACGAAUCCCAAAAACUGAGAUAUUAUUAUGCAUAAAACUAAACUCUUUGAAAGAGUUAAUAUCGAAAAGUAUACAAUUCGUGUACUUAAUACUCAUUAGAUCUAGAUCUAGAUCUAGAUAGUACCCACAUAAGGGGUAUAAAAAGUUGGCUUUGUUUUAGAGUUAUAUAAAAUUCUGUUAUAUUCCAUUGCAAUUUAAUAAAUAUCUAUUUUUAAGAAAAAUAUGUGAACAAAUACGUUCGCAUCUGUUACACUCCAUUUUGAAAUAUGUGAACAAAGAUUUGCUUAUCUGCUAUGUUUCAAUAUAAUAAACAUCGUUCAACUUUUAAA